GUAAUCCUCGUGCACUUUAAUUUUCAGUCCGGGGGACAAGAAAAUUAGUAAACGUUAUAAAAUGAAAACAAAGACUGUAAGACAAGAUCUGUAAAGAUAUUAUUUUUAAAAAGGAUUGUUUUUACCAUUGUUAAAAAUGGACGAGAAUUGUGGCCGUUUUAAUUAUGUUUAUAGCUCUGAACUUGAUGCUGAGUUCGAAAUAAAGAUGUAAGUUCAAGUUGACUUCAAAUUUUAACUAGUUCAAGACAUUCAAUUUCAAGUUGUAAUAAAUGUAAAAUAAAAAUGUAAAAUCUCAGCCUCAACAAUCAACGGGCUCCUUCAUCGUAUAAUUAUUACUAAUCACCAUAAUUAUAAUGUAUAAUAGUAUUUUUAUAGUCACUCAUACUCAUAUUAUAGUAAUUAUAGCUAGUAUAGAGCCGUCGCGUGAGCCCUGCUACCAUUGCAGGUGGCUUCAGGAGCCCAAAGCUGUGAAGACUGUGAAUUGGAAAUUGGAACAAAAAUUAAUAGAAAGUUAAAGUUAAUGUAUUUUAAUUUAUUUAAGUUGCAUAAAAUAAGAAAACAACAAUAAAAAGUGACAAGGGGGUCUCUAUGUCUGUAUAAAAAUGUCAUGUGAUGACACAAAGUACAGUGCUGCUGGGUAAAUUAGUUAUUAAGUUAUUAGUAGUAGGCUAAGUCAAGUCACUUGUAAAGUUGUAAAGUGACAAAAAGACUAGUCACAGUCACUGAAAAUAAUCUUAAAUUUGUAUUUAUUUUUAUUGGCUAAGUAUUAAUCAGUUUUAGACAUGGCAUGGUUAUUUGGAUCUUAUAUUAUGAAGGGAAGCGUUAUCCACACAGCUCUGUGAAUAACGUUGAGCGUUAUCGGCAGACCGAGAUCUGCGAAUAACGCCGAGCGUUAUCGGCAGACCAAAAUCUGCGAAUAAUGCAGAGCGUUAUUGUUAGUAAUAACGCCGAGCGUUAUCGGCAGACCAAAAUCUGCGAAUAAUGCAGAGCGUUAUUGUUAGACAGAAAUGUUCCCAUAAUUACGCACAUUUCUAGAAAUAAUUAAGAUCACAUUCCAAGCCGGGGUAGGGGUGUAGUUUUAAGUAGUGUAGGAUAGAUGAGAUCGUUAAUGAGAAUGGCACAAACACAUCUCAAAACCGAAGCUACCGGUAUGCACAAGUUAAAUUUUAAAAAUUUAAUAGGCCUAACUAUAGCCUAUAUAUUGGAUAUAGGACAAUUAAUUGUGCCUACAUCUGCUCUGUUAGGGGCCAACAUAUUCGACCUAUAGAGUGUUACUAAUAGAUUCAGUCAAACCUCCUACUCCUAGACAUAGCUAAUUUUCUGGUAUUUCAUAUUAAAUGUUAUACCAGUAAUAAAAAUGGUACCGGUAUUCUUCAUGUAGACUCAAUUUCACCCAUUGUAGAGAUGUCUUUAAAUGCUGUCAAAGCUUGAUAGGAUAUCGUUUAGUUUUUUUUAAAGCACUAUGAUAUAUCACGUAGUCCAGAAAUGUUCUGACAGAAAUAUUUGACAUGCCGUGCAACAGUGUUAUGAUGCAGAGAGGUGUCUCCAUCAGGCUGCCAUCUGAGAGACGGGGAGGGGCAUAUAGGCCCUACAUCGAUAAUAACAGAAUCUAAUCCUGUUUAAGGCUAGUAUUUUUUCCUGAUCCUUGAGGGUUUCCCUAAGUCUACCCAGCUCUGGCCUUAGCUGGGGAAAAGUAAAGCUGGCUGGUUAUUGCGCUGGCAAUACACUCACACUUACUUGUAAAUGCUGCUUCAAUUGCCCCAAGGGAACUUUACUUCCCAAAGACUCGCAAUGCAUCCUACGAUCAGCAGGGUUCCAAUUAAUUUUUGUAUGCUUUUUUUUUAUAUUUAGACCCAUAGUUACAACAGUGGCAGUAUGGCUUUUUGUUUCAAUUAUCAAUAUUUUUUUUUGCAAGAGCUAAAAUUGUUGAUGUCAAUGAUAUUGAUGUGAUGUGUUUUAAGUACGGUACCGGUAUGUUCAUUUCAUUGUCAUAACUAAAUGUUAUUUCAACUAUUUCUGGAGCGGCAUAUUGUGUCCCUACUUAUUAUGAUACUUAUUAGAAAAUAAAAUGAAACAAAUAAAACGUGACAUAUUUUUUCAGCUAAACAUUAAUACACAACUCUGAGAUCUAAAAUAUUUGAAUAAGUAAGUUAUUAAUAAGUAUUUGUUUAUUAGAGAAAAAACAAAUGGAUGUUAAAGUCUAUGAGUGGAAUUAUACAAAGAAAAUUAAACAGUCAAAAGAGCUAAAAGUAUAUCACAAUGUACAGUUAGAACAGCUGUAUCUGACUUAAACAUGGUUUAUGCGGCUCAUCUGCAUGUCCAUGUUGUUUACAGUUUUUUUAUGAAACUUGAAUGAACAUUCUAACAAAAUAGAUUGAAACUUGUAACAUAAGUAACAAAACUAUAUGAAAAUAAUAAUAAAACUAUGUGAACAGAAUAAGAGAGCUAUAUGAAGAAUAUUAUUAUAAUAUAACACUACGAAAUAACCAUUAAAUAUUUUUUUUAAAAAUCUUAUUUAUAAAAAUGAGGCUUCCCCGACGGGGAAUCGAACCUAUGUCUGCCGGGUGACUGACCACUACACUAUCGAAGAGAUGUCUACUUACGAACUUUGUAUUUUAUAUUCAUAAUUUAAUUUAUCACAUUCUGCGAAUAAUGUCGAGCGUUAUCGGCAGACCGAAAUCUGUGAAUAACGGCGAGCGUUAUCCGCACAGCUCUGUGAAUAAUCACUUCGUAUUAUGAAAGGUUGGGCCUACAUCAUUAUAAUAUUUUAAGUUAUAUAUUUUUUAUUUACAAAAUGAAAGCUAAAUCGGAAGGUGAAAGGCUAACUGUAAUAAGUAGUGUAAGGUGAAGCUGUAUAAAGUCCUAUGUUUUCUAAUUCUUUACUUAAAGUCAUUUAGCAUGUUAUGAACUUAACCCAAUUCUGUGCCAUUUUGUCUCAUUCCCGGGAAAGAAAAGAUAAAGAAAAUUACCUUUAUUAAUCAAUUAUCAAUGGUAGAAAAUGUAAGGUAUUAACAAACUAUUUUCAUUAAGUUAAACAGGCGGUUACGCAAAGCCAAUUUCAAACAUCUUUAUGUGUCUUCUUCUCUUAUACAGAGGGAGCUUGGAAGGAAAGCGUAACAGACCAAGUUAUCAAAGUCUUAUAGAUAAAGAUUCGGUUGGUUACUUCUCUGGCUCCUACCAGGAAGAAUGUUCAGAUCUAUUUGUUACUGUUCAAGUAUUUAAUAAUGGAAGGCCAAUUACAUUACCAGUGCAGACAUCUCACAAAUCUUUCACAACACGCUGGAAGUAAGUCAUAUAUCAUAUAUAAUAUAUAAUAAUAAAUUGGGUUGUAAUAUUCUUUUUAACUAGUGAAAUCUCAAAAUAAGAUACUGUUAAUCAAGUUAAAGUAGUUAUGAAUGAUGUCAAGGUGUGUCUAUCCAAAAGUUUACUCACCAUUUAAAAAUUGUAAGUGUUGACUUUAAAAGUUCAACCCAUUGUUUUUUAUGCUUGUUUUAGUGAGGGUAAUAAGGAGAGAGACUGCAAUCAGGUUAGUACAAUAUAAAAUGAGUAAAACAGAGUAGGGUUAAACCUGAAAAAAUAAACGCAACAAAACAGCGAACGUGUACGCAGAAAGCCGUCGUCAGCGAACAAAACAACAGAAAAAACGGUAUAAAAAUAAAAAUAAGAAAUAGCACUUAGCUGUGAAGUAGUAUCUGUCGGCAGCAAAAGAAAUGACAGCGACACGUUCGCUGUUUAGUUGCGUUUAUUUUUUCAGGUUUAACCCUACACUGUUUUACUCAUUUUAUAUUAUUUUAGUGACCUUUCUAAAUGGUGAAUUAAAUAUAGGAUUUCUAAGUCAAUUACAAAAAAAAAAUUGUGUCUAUUUUUACAUUCAAAUUUAUACAUUUUUCAACAGUUGGAAUGAAUGGCUGAAUCUACCAAUUAAGUUUAGCGACCUUCCUCGGGAUGCAUUGAUUACCUUUACUAUUUGGGACUAUUAUGGGACUGAAGGCAUGAUACCAAUUGGAGGCACCACUAUCUCUGUCUUUGGGAAGCGAGGGUAUGCUAAUUUGGAAACUGUCAUUUUAUUUUGUCAGGAAUCAAGGGUUUUUUAAGUUAAAAAUUUCAUUUUGCAAACUAUUUUAAAGUAAUCUACUAGGGAACAUCAUGGGGUUAUUAAAAAGGCAAACAAAGCUAGAUGAACAUCUAUUAUUGACCUAUAGCGACUUUUGAUUUAAAACUAUUCCACAAGCAUCACAAUUUGAAGCAUCAAUAUGAAAGGUGAAAUUGUUUUUUAAUUUAACCAGUUGAACCAGUGAAUUCAGAAAUUGUUGAAGCAGCAGUCAAGUAUAAGUCAUGCUCAACUUGACUAUAGGGAAAGAUCUGUGGUGCUCUAUGAAUAAAUAUUUAUUCACUGUUGCUUUAGGCAAACGCUGUGGUACAACAUUUAGACUUAAGGUUCAGGUUUCUACUUGGUAACUCAUUCUCUUUUGUUCUGUGCAAGGUCUGAUUUUGACAUCUGAAUAACUGUUCUCUGAGUUGAGUUGUCCUUGCUGGCUUUGGUAUCCAUCCUUCAUUAGUCCAGUUGCCUGGCCUGCAUCAGUGUCAAAACCAAUUGCAUUUUGCCUUUUUUUUUUGGUCAACGAUUCCAUUGCAUAUGUUACAAGGUGGCAGCAUGAUGAAGUUUACAGAGAAUAAACUGAUGAAUGAGUUAAAAAAAUAAAGACAAAACAAAUACUUGAAGAAUUAACUGAUGAACAUGGUACUUCACAUCCUUUCAAAACAUUUAGGACACAUUAAUCUGCCAAUAAUUUUUCGAUCAUUUAAGAAAGCUAUCUAAUAAGAAGAGAUUUACAAAACAGAUGCUAACUUUUGGUAAAAAAGCGGGUUAACAUACAAGCUUAUAUUUUUAUUGAACUACCUCUAGAAAUGGAACAAGUUUUGUUAAUUGGUAACUUAUUACAUCAACACGUGUAAAAUAUAUCAAAUUUCUUAUGUAUUUCUGUUUCUAUUUUAAUGAUUGUGGGUUGUUUUUUUUUCAGUACUCUGCGAAAAGGCAUGCAUGAUUUAAAAGUUUGGCCAGAUCGCAAACCAGACCCCAGUAUGGAAUCAGCAACUCCUGGUAAAUCUAAAGAUUCAAGUGACAGAAUGAGCCAAUUAUCCAAAGUAAAUAUAAAUAAUAUUCAAAUUAAAUAAUAUUACUAAUAUACCAAAGGUUAAAUUUUCAAAUAAUUUUUUUCUAUUAAAAGUAUCAUUUCUCACUUACUGAAUAGUAGCCUAAAAUUAGUCUGUUUAAAAUCUUGUCUUUAUUAGGUGUAAAAGAUUAUUCCUUAUAAUAAUUUUGAGUAAUUAAAUGGUAGUUUGAAGUUGAUGUUUUUUUUUAAUCAGUUGGCAAAGAAGCACAGAGAUGGACACAUGACAAAAAUAGACUGGCUAGAUAGACUCACAUUCAGAGAAAUUGAACUUGUGAAUGAACAAGAAAAAAGAGAUUCAGAAUGCAUGUAUCUUAUGGUGGAGUUCCCCCGUGUUCACUUUGAGAAUCUGAACUUCUCCGUUGUCUAUUUUGAAAAGGUUGGUUUUUUAAAUGAUCACUUUAAAGGGUUUAAAAACUAAUUUGUCAUGAACCUGUAGAACUUAAAAGCGAGGAGUCAAAACUAUUCAAAUAAAUCAGUUUUUAAAUAGAUGAAAAGGCAUGUACUGCAGCUGCAUUAUAGUUGGGAUGAACUAUUCUUAAGAGAUUUUAUCUAAGACUAUUUUAACCUUGUUUUUAUAUUAACAAAUUAUUUUCGUAUCGAAUGUGCUCAGGAAGGAGAGCGGCCCUAUGAGUUUCGAACACAGGCUGAGGUAGUGACAAUUCAUGAUCCUGAAUUAUUAAUGGCAAGUAAAAGUGCUUUAAAUUGGGAUGUCAUAAUUAGCUGAACUAAUAAUAGGUAAUCAAACAUAUGCUUCCCAUGAUUCAAUCAGACUAUUUUAAAAGAACUAGUCACAUUUGUCACGCUAAGUGAGAAUAAUAAAUAUGUGGCAUCUUGAUUAUAUUCAUUAUUUCCAUCUUCUAGUUAUACAGUUAGUUUAUUUGUUUGAGUCUUAAAAGUUGCCCUAAUUUUUAUAUGUUAAUCGCACAUAGUGUAACUAAACAAACCAUAAAUAAUGUGCAUUACAUGCACUAAGCUAUGACACAAUCUGUAGAAAAGUUAUUUAUAUAUUAUCUAUGUUGAGAGAAUGUAACUUUUUUUAUAUUUUGUAAUCAGGAGAACAUUGUAGAAAGUAAACACCAUAAAUUAGCUCGAAGCCUACGGUCUGGCCCUAGUGACAAAGAUCUCAAACCAGAUGCAAGCACAAGAGAUUUGCUCAAUGUAAGAUUCUCUAAAAUUGUUGAUCCUCUGUUUAACAACAGCAACUCUUCUGUGUUAUUCAACUCAUUAACGCUGACAAUUAUUAGCUCCCCUCUGCUUAUAUACUUAAAUUUAAACGAAGAUCGAAUAUUCUAAUCUCUAUGAAUCACACUAACUAUUUUAAGGUUUUCCAUUUCUGUGCAUUGCUUGAAAUGUAAGAACAUUAUUUCCUUCUUCUAUUUAUACAAUUAUUAUCUUUUGUGCAUUCUUUGCAGACUAUUGUUGGCUACCCUCCAACUAAAACCUUGUCAUCUGAAGAGCAAGAUUUGGUCUGGAAAUUUAGAUUUUAUUUAUCAUCACAGAAAGAGGUAUGCUUUGCAUAAAGGUUUUCAUUUCGAUGGAGCUGAUUUUAUAUUGUUUUAAUAUAGGUCUUAAAAAUAAAUCAAGCAGAUAAAAUUGAAAUAAUUUAUCAUAUUAAUUCUACAAAACUGAUAUGGUAAUUUUUCACUUUAAGCUCAUUUUUUUAAAAUUGAUUUUAUAUGCUGGUACUUUCAUUCUUCAUUAUUUAUAACAACCUUAUAUUAAAUUGCUUAAAAUAUAAUGGGACAGAGUGAAAUUUCCAUUUUUAUUUUAGUAUAAAAUGUGACAGAAGCAAGUUAAUAAUGAUCUAAAGAGGCUAUAUUAUUACUUUGUUUUUACAAUUGUUUUCUUUCAAAGGUCAUGUAAUAACUUGUUUUUGAAAGGGUUUUUAAGUUACACAAUUCUGAUUUUCCAUCUUUUGUAAUCUAAAAUUUGAUAAUUUAUACAAAUUAUAAUUUUUAAAUGUUUUUAAAGGGUAAAUUUGAAAUGUGCCAAUAAAAUAAAUGUAACUAUUGGAAUAAUUUGUUAGGCCCUAGCCAAGUUUUUGAAAAGUGUCAACUGGAAAUUGGCCCAAGAAUCAACAGCUGCUCUUGAAAUGUUACUUUUAUGGAGUCCCAUGAAUGUAGAGGACGCCUUAGAGCUUCUGAGUCCGGCAUUCUCACACCCCAGAGUGAGGAAAUAUGCCAUCAUGAGAUUGAGACAAGCUAAUGAUGAGGUAUUUUGCAUUGAGGGGAAAUUUGUUUUUUUUCAAAUUUCAAACUCUUUUGAUACCGGUAGGUAAAAGAUUGAGCCUGCAUAUUCCACGAGUUAAGGGAUGAAUUGUUGGUGAAUUUUGGAAUUUCUACAAUUUUAAUGACAUGAUUUAAACAUGCAGAUCCUGUGUCCUACUCCCUGUGCCACCCAUCUAAAUCAUUACUUGAAUCACCCUGUCUCUCAUUCUUCAAUUGUUAAUUUUAUUUCGCCCAACAAGAUUUCUUCAUAUUACUUAUUUGGUAUUCAUGGUGCUAUUUGGUUUUGCCAACUACAAACAUCCAUACAAUGUUUACAUUUUUUUUUGUCCCUCCAUUUGUAUGUAGGAUCUACUCUUGUAUUUGCUACAACUUGUGCAAGCCCUUAAAUAUGAAAACUUUGAAGAAAUAAAAAAUCGGAGCGACAGGGAUUUUGUACCUUUGCGACCAGAAUUUGACACUGGUGGAAGAGAUUCUGAUUUGACAUCAUUGAUGGCCUUAGAGCCAGUUACAGGCUUAGAUCAACAUCCCCUGUCACAGUCAAAUAUAACUUCUUCGUAAGUUGCCUGAGUUUCUUGUUUGUUAUUAAGCUAUAAACACGAGUGUCCGUUACUAACAUUGAAAAAUAGCUAAUAUGAAUUCUCCUAUGCCUAGUGCACAGACCUUAACUGAUAGACUGUUAAGCUAACAUGGGCGUGAGCUGCUAUGUUCAAAAUAUUAAACUUCAACACAGUGUUUACAUACCUCUCUUUGUUUCUUCCUCUAAACCAACUUCCAGUAAUUGAAUAGUAUUUAUGGCGAACUCCAAACACUUAAGUUUUUUAACUGUAUUCUAUUUCUUAUUUUCUUCUUUUGUCCUGUCUGCUGAAUCGGGCUCUUUUCCAAAACAUUCUCUUUUUUUUUUUUCCCAUCUUUAUUUUUCAAGCUUCCACAUACAUUUUUCCACUGUUUCCUUCGCACAGCUUGAACGCAGUCCUUCAUUUAUAAUCCUGACAUUCAUUGGCUGUGCAUCAAUAAAUUAAGAGCAGUGCUCUUCAGGAAAAACAAAAUAACAGCAGUGUUUGGUGUGAUUAUCUGGCAGAGUUUAAUACAAUCAGUCCAUGGCGAAUUAUUUACAAAAAUAAACAUUCACCAUUGAUGUAAUCAGUCCUGUUUGAUGUUUUAGUCUUAUGAAAAUAGAAUGGUUAUUGAGUUUUUUUAUUCCAAAUGUUUUGUUUUUUUAAGAACUCUGUUUUUUUUUUUUUGCUUUGAUUUGUCCAACAAAAAUUAUUUCGAAUUUUUUUCAAAUAUUUAUUACAGAACUUCUAGCUUAGAGGAAGAAACAAAAGUGAGGUAUGUAAAAAUUUCUAAUUGUAUCAACCAUUUUAAAACAGAAUUUAUUACAGCUUUUAAAUAAUUGCUGGUACUUUUUUUGUUCCUUGAUUGGAUUUAAUGUCUUAUUGUCAUUUACAUACAUGCUAUAAAUAUGAUUCUAUUUUGUAAACAUUCAAAAGUGUCCUAGUAGAGUACAUAAAGUCAUGAAGCUCUUUAAAAAUUGUAUUUUUCAGAUCAGAUUCAGCAACAACAGAAGAAGAAAUAUUAGAUGCCAUGAAUAGUGGACCUUCUUCUGGUAAAAAUGGCAUGUCCCUAUCUGCUCUUGAUGAUGAGGUUUGUCCUAGUAUAGAAGCUAUGCUUUACUCUGUUCACUAAAAAAAUGUAACUUAAUAUUUUAAGUCUUGGCUACAUGGUCAACUCUGAAUAAGAUUGCUUACAAGUUUAGUUCUAUAUGAAUAUCAUCUCAUGAUGCAAGUUAUACUAGUACAUCCGGGGUCAAACAGUGCACUAAGAGGCACAGUAUUUUAAAUUUUGUAUCUGUUUCAGAUGGAUCUUGCAACAUUUCUCAUCUCAAGAGCUUGCAAGAAUCCAGUCAUCGCAAAUUACUUUUAUUGGUAAGUGACUUUAAUUUCAAUUAUUUAUAACGCAUGAAACGAUUUCACAUACAACCAUUUUGAUUUGAAAAUAUACGAGCUGAAACAUUUCUUUGAGCUUCUGCUUGAUUCUCUGUUGCAGGUAUUUAGUCAUUGAGUGUGAGGAUAACAAAGACAUUCAAAAAGAAGAAGUUUUGAACAUGUACAAAACUGUGCUCAAGAGAUUCAGCCUUGCUCUCAGUAAAGUAAGUCUUCAAGAACCAAAAAAAAUUUUCUAAAUGUCAAAACAUUUUCUUGCUUAUAUGAUAUUUUAACUUUGAUGUGAUGUAUUGACGAAGGCAUAACAGUGAAAUAAACAAGUUACACCUUUGAGUAUAUGCAGGUAACAGCUAAAUAAUGUGGAUCCGUUUGUCUCCCUGUUUUCAAAGUGCCAUGAAUAAUUAUUUAAAAAUUCAACUUUUGUGUAACUUAAACUUGUGAAAAUAUAACACACUAACCCUUUGUAUUGAUCCCCAUGUGUUAUUCUGGUAAAUUAAAAAUUAAAACUCCAUUUUUUGGUCACGCCCUCAUUGCUUUCCAGGGGCCCCCACAAAGUAAGAAACAGAGGGCCAUCUUGUCUAGGCAGCAAACAUUAUUGAAAAAACUUUGCACUUUGGUGGAGUCUUUAAAAAAUGUUGGUAGUCAGAGAAAAAAGGUUGGUAGUAAAUGGUAGUUGGCAUUUGCAGUGUUAAUUUAUAGUUAAAAUGUUUUUUGAAAAGUCUAAUUUAUGAUGUUAGCGAAAUCUUAAACUUGACUUAAUUUAUCAUCUGGGGUACUGGUAAGUAAAGUUAAUAACUGAAAGCUUUAUGAAACAAACAAGCUAAAUGAUAUAAUUUAUUUGGAGGAUGUAAACUAAAAGGUUCUUCUCUAUUUUCAUCAAUAAAAAAAAUAUUUUAGUUAAUCCCAACAAAUUGCAAUCUUUCCGAUUUGUAGCUUAUACUUCAAUCCAAAUCUGACAAAAAUGUGUAGGACUUGUGAUACUGACAAUUUUGUUGAAGUUCUUGAAGUAUAUUUUUUUGGCCACCCCUAAACUGUACAAUUCAUUGCAACUCUGAUCAUAAUUGUUUAUCAAGCUAAAAGAAUUUCAUGUUCAUUUAACAGAUAGAGCACCUACAAGCCAUGCUUCACAAGCCAGAGUUCUCAGAGAUGCUCAGCAGUGAGCCCAUACCUCUUCCACUGGACCCUUCAGUUUUAGUCAAAUCUAUUGUGCCUGAGAAAGCUAAUGUGUUUGCUGUGAGUUGUAUAGUAAUGAUGAGUUAAAUAUUGCAAUUGUAUUGCAGUGAAGGAAAGAACCUCAAGGCUUCAUUUACUUAAAUGCAUAUUUCUUAAAUGAACUAAAUGAUAUCCUUACAGUGGCAUUAAUUUCAACAUAUCUGGUAUAUAAUUUUAUGGGAAUGAUUUUAGUUGCUUAUCAUGUUAUAAAUUAUAUUUGUAUGUAUUUUAUCUCUGACAUUCCAAAAAUACCCAACAUUUCUCUCAAUAACUGUGGUAAUUUGAAUAGUGUUGUUUUUUGUUUUUUUUUGGCUCAACCUCCUGAUACUUCUCUAUCCUCAGAGCAAGCUAAGCCCUUGUUUGUUAACCUUUGAGACUGUUAGCGGAAAAGAAUACAAAGUCAUAUUUAAAUAUGGGGAUGAUCUCCGCCAGGAUCAGCUUAUCCUACAGAUGUUUCAACUUAUGGAUAAAGUAGGUCAAAAAUGCGGGGUUACCUUUAUGCUGCCACUAAAAGAUGUCUCACUUUUUUGUCCCAAAAUCGAUUAUUUUUUUUUUUUUUAAUAUUCAAUUUAUCCCCAAUUUAGCAUUGUAGAGUUGUUAAAACUGAUCAGUCUUUGUAAAUACUUUUUAAAAAUUUCACUUGUUCUAGGAGAAUUUUGAUAAUGGAAUAAGGCACACAUUUCUUUAUUUGACAACUUCUACCCCUUUGAACAUUCAAAAUGUCUAUUUAUUAAUUUGCCAUCUGAAAAAAACUGAAAUGUACUAAGAUAAAAGCAUACUGUAGUUUUUUCUAUUGGUUUUUAGUUUCACUCAUUUUAUUUAUUUAAAUCAAUAGUGCUUAUAAAUUUUUUUUGUUUGUGUUUUUCUUUUUUGGCAUUUAAAUGAAACUUAAAUUAUUUUGCAUAAUUUGUUUAGCCUUUUUUUUAAAAAAAAAAAGGAGAGUACACCACACGCAAAAGUUCUCCUUUUUUUACAUUUAAGUUUCUGGGGGGAAAAUAAAAGCUUUGGUAUUUAAAAUAAAAUACUCGUUUCAUACAUACAUACAGCUUUUGCGACAUGAAAACUUGGACCUACAGAUGACACCAUACAAAGUAUUGGCAACAAGCAAAGAGCAUGGUAAUGUAUUUAUGAAAACUUAUUUGACUCAACAAAGAAAUUAGUAAUAUAUUCACAAAUAAAAACAUUCUUUUGAAAUUAGAAUUAUUAUAGCACAAUUGUUAAAUUGGUUUAAUUUUUUGCCCAUGCUGUGUUCAUCUUGAAAAAUCUAUCUAAUUUUGGUUCUUGAGAUGUAAAGCUUAGUGGACUCAAUCUAGAAAUUUCAUUUAAAAAAUUGAAAAAGUUAAACAUUAUCAAUAUUAUUCUUUAACCUUACUUUCUUUGACCAGGUUUUGUGCAAUACAUUGAAUCCAAAGCAUUGUCAGAAUUGUCAAAAGAAAAGGCAAUCCAAAAUUACUUGAGGCAGCACAAUCCAUCUGAAACAGGUCCAUUUGGUAUUGCACCAGAAGUUAUGGAUAAUUAUGUGAAAAGCUGUGGUAAAUUUUAACUUUGUUAUGUUUGUUGAAUAAAUUAAUAAAUACAAUUGGUUAACCAAAUCAUUAAUUUUGUCACUGUCAGAAUUACCAGUCAAUCAAAAUGCUGAUUUUUAUUAUUAUUUUAUUAUAAUAUUAUAUAUAUACAAAUAUAUAAUUUAAAAUAUUUUUUAUAUUUAAAAUAUGCUUUUUAAUAUUAUGAAUCCAUGGGAAGCUCCUUGAACAAUAAAUCAUGACAUGUUUUUGACCAGCUGGUUAUUGUGUUGUAACUUACCUGCUUCAAGUUGGAGACCGUCACCUUGACAACCUACUGCUCACAAAAAAUGGUACUUUA